GGCCUUUCGGCCACCCCCUCACACGGAAGGGAGGGCUUCUUCCGGGCCGCGGCUCCGCCUGGAGUGGGCGAGAGACCCUCUUCUCUCUGGGGGAAGCGGGGAAGCGGGAGGAAGAGCAUUAUCGCGGAGUCGCGGGGGUGGGGUGGGGCGGCGGAACCCAACCAAUGAACAAGCAGGAGGAGGUGGGUGCGCCCUUUGGCUGAGGGAGGGAAGGGAGUGAGCGCAUCCAUUGGCUGAGGGAGGGAAGGGGUGGGCGUGCCUAUUGGCUGAGCGGAGGGAAGGGGUGGGCGUGCCUAUUGGCUGAGCGGAGGGAAGGGGUGGGCGUGCCUAUUGGCUGAGCGGAGGGAAGGGGUGGGCGUGCCUAUUGGCUGAGGGGAGGGAAUCACGAUGGGUGAGGGGCUAGAAAUCGUUGUGCAGCUCAGUGCGCCUGCGUGGGCAUGGAGGGGCGGGGUAUGUCCAUAUUUAGAAAUUGGUGGGCGGGGGUCACUGUCUGAAGUGGGGUUGGGGAGAUAACCUUGUGAGUGCUGGGGUGGCGGAAAGGCGGGGAACAGACUUGCAGAGGGAAAGCUCGUGGGGUGCUUUAAAGGUUGUCAGGCGGGCUAAGGGUCUCCUUGGCGGGAGGGCGGGCGUGUGCAUCCAUUUCACAGCAGAGAACGAAGCCCCCGGAAAUGAAACGAGUUACUUGGUCCCAGAGUCAGGAUUCGAACCCGGUUUCCUGGGAUCCCGCUCCAGAGCAGGUGGGGGUGGGAAGUGGGGUCACUAGGUCACACCCCCCAGUGGGUGAUAAGCAUUGAUUAAGUGCCUACAGUUCUGACAGGUGCAGAAGGCAGCCUCUGCCCUCAAGGGGCCUACAAUAGAAUCUGAACCCAGAGGUUCUCCACCUUUCCAGGUUCUCCCAGGUCCAUCUUCCCCUCCAGUCAUCAAAGCAUUGCUUAAGUGCCUCCUGUGUGCCCAAAUGAUGCGGUUUGAAUGCUCUCAUUUCCUGGUGGUCAAGAGACAUGGAGGAGCACUCUACAGGCCGGGGUGGGCAGCCCAGGGGAGGGGCCAGGGCCCUACCCCCUUGCCAGGCAUUUCCUCGGAGGCAUCAUCUCGUGAGGGAAGCGGGUCCCCUGUACCCCAGUCCUGGCCAGAAGAAGGGCCCUGGAGCACUGGAGGCCUUGAAGGUCAAGGAGCCUAAAGUGUCCCCCAGAGAAGAGGAGGAGCCACUGGGGGCAGGGGAGGAGCUGGAGAAGGAAGCCAAGCACAAGCAGCCCCCCUCAGACUCCCUUCCGGGUCUGGUCCAUUUCAUUAGCAAUGAUGGAGUCCAUUCCACAGCCCGCUUAGUUCGAGGCACAAUGGUGGCGGCAGCGGCCAGGAUGGGGGUGGAGGCUUCUGGGGAGGCCGUGGCGAAGAAUGAGGAGGAGCCAGAAGGGGAGGAAGAAUCAGGGGGUACCGGCUCAGGGCAGGGCCUCAUGGAGGACAAGCGGUUUCUGUGUGUGGCCUGUGGCAAACACUUCAAGCGGGCCUGGGAGCUGUUCAGCCACGAGGUGGUCCACAACUCGGCCAGGCCCUUCCACUGCGAGCUCUGUGAUGCGGCCUUCAAGAGACACUCUGACUUCAAGAGCCACGCACUGGUGCACAGCGAGGAGCGGCCCCACACCUGUGAGGCCUGUGGCAAGGGCUUCAAGAGGGCCAGCAACCUGCAGGAGCACCGCCGCAUCCACAGCGGGGAGCGGCCCUUCCCCUGCCCGUCCUGCCCGAAGCGCUUCAAGUCUCCGUACGAGCUGCAGCGGCACUCGGCGCAGCACGCCUCGGCGCGGCCCUUCGCCUGCCCGGACUGCGGCAAGGCCUUCGCGGCGGGGCCCGCGCUGCUGCUGCACCGGCGCCAGCACUGCCAGGACAAGCCCCACGCGUGCGGCGCGUGCGGCAAGCGCUUCACCUACGGCCACAGCCUGCGGGUGCACGAGCGCGUGCACACCGGAGCCCGGCCCUUCGCCUGCCCGCUGUGCGCCAAGGCCUUCAAGCAGUCCAACGCCCUGACCUCGCACCGCCGCGUGCACUCGGGCGAGCGCCCGUACGCGUGCGCCACGUGCGGCAAGGCCUUCAAGCAGUCCUCCUACCUGGCGGUGCACCAGCGCUCGCACACCGGCGAGCGGCCCUACGCGUGCGCCACGUGCGGCAAGGCCUUCGCCCGGCCCUCGCUGCUGGGGCAGCACCGCCGGGUGCACAGCCCCGCCCGGCCCUUCCCCUGCCGCCACUGCCCCAAGCUCUUCAAGGACGUGGCCUACCGCGCCGUGCACGAGAGGGGGCACGCCGGGGACGCGCCCCGCAGACGCCGCGUCCGCGCCGAGGGCUUCGGCCUCCCCAGCAGCCCGCUGCAGCUCGGCAGGGCCCCCGGCGAUGGCUGAGGCCCCGGGGAGGGAGUCCGGGAGCGGGUGGGCGGCGGCCCACGGGCGUGGUCUCGGCCCCUACCCGGGGGCGGGACGGACCGGCCCCAGAGGGCUGCCUGCCUUGGGGGGCCUGCAGAGGUGGGCAGGUGGGGUGACGCUUUGGGAACGUGACCAUAGGCCCGAACAGCAGCUGGAGCCUUGCCUCAGCCCGGGCCCUUCUGGGAAAUGGGGACGGGCACAAGUCGGGUCCCCAAGCUUGCUUUAUGCAGAACCCAGGGUGCCCUUCCAGAGCUGUCACGUGUCCUUUUGGAGUCUCAGGGGUGAAAUGAGUGGCAGGGGUGCCCAGGAGGCUGGGACCUUGCUCCGGGCCGGCUUUCACCGAGCACAGUGGGAGCCCCAGCGGGUCCUGAGUGCCGAGAUGGGAACUUUGGAAAUGGAAUCCCGGAGCCCGUAGGGUGGAGGGAAGGGACUAGGCAGGAGGCAGGGUGGGCUCCAGGGGCCACAUUUCAAGAGAGGGUCUAGGAUCCUGUGGGUGACAUUAGUCCUUCCUUUCUUUUCUGUUUCCACCACCCCUGCGUCCCCUGGGCAGUACAGGCUGGGUCACUGAAUGGCCUUCCUGUUCCUCGGGAGCCCAGCUUCCGGCGUAGUUUGCUGCCCCUUCCUUGAAUGCUGCUGGGCCUUUUGGGAAGCAAACAAUAUUCCCUCCAGCUUCUAGGGUGUCAGAGGUGGAGGAGUGGGGGGAUGCCAGCUUGGCCCACUGGCUAACCUGGCCAACUUCCCGAGACUUCUGUGCUUGGGGGAGGGGCCCAAUGAAGACCUCCUGUCCCCUGCUGGGGGUCCGGUCAGAGUGUAGAGGGGGGUCAGUUGUUUAAGAGGGGAGAGGUGGACAGGAGCCUUUCAGGUGUGGGAGAGGCUGGUGCCUCCGGCAUAGGCAGGGAAGGCCCUCUCCCUGCCAGGGUCCUUUGGUCCCACUUCCUUUGUCUCAUUAAAGUGUUUGAAGGACUGUUCUGUGUUCUGUUUGGCCCCAAGGGGCAGGCUGAGAACUGGGGGGAGGGGCAGCAAAUGGGAAAGUUGAGACUUUAGAGCUGUGUCUGUGUCUGUGUGUGUGA